UGUCCAAAGAUGGUGGAUAAAUGAAGAUAGUUCACUCAGGCCGUUUACCAUUGGAAACAAAUGGUCAGUUCAUGUCUGCUUAACGGGGUGAAUCUCCAAUAGACACCAAUGCGAUAGCAGCUGGGUUUUGGUCUCCUAGGUUCAUUGACUUCAAUUGAACCAGAAAGAAAAACAGCGAGUGGAGUGUCUCGCUUCCUCUUCCGUCUCUGCCCUGACUACGUGCGUUGUAUUUUCCUCUCCACUAUCCCAGACUCCGGGACGUGAGAGACUAUAUAAUAAUAUAAACAUGAGCGACGGGGGCUAUUGGGGCCACUAGCCAGUAUCACGUUUAUCGCCAGUCAAAGAAGGAAGAGAGAGAGAGGGGUAUCACCCCUACCUAAGUUUUUAUCAACAAAGCCCACAUUGUUUAUUUUGUUACAUAUGCUUAGGUUUAUUGAAGUUUUCUUUUUCCACAAUCUAAACUCCAUCUGGACCAAGUAAGGUUCCUCUCUGGCUCCCUAAAAGGAACACGCAUAUAUAUAUAUAUAUAUACACACACACACUGUGACGUGAGAACCCAACGCAUGGUCAUGUUCCCCCAUGCUCCCCUCCCUAUGGCUUAUCUAUAAUCAGGACCCCAACUGAACCACAACCCGACCGCCGUACUCCUCGGCCGGCUACCACAACCACCACUCCCCCCCACCCUCUACUCCAACCAUGGCCAGUAAGAGGAAGUCCACCACCCCCUGUAUGAUCCCCAAUAAGACCAUGCACCUCCGUGAGGAGCUGGAGCAGGACGCAUACCUGUCAGACCCUCCUUCCCUCAGACAGGCCCAGGCCCGGGACCAAGGCUACCCAAUGGGGGGUAACAGGCAGAGCCCCCUGGAGCGAUCCCCAGGUGAGUCCUCCAGGCCUGAGGGGGGCGGCAUUGUCAAAGACUGGGGCGGCACCUACAUGUGCAGGCAUUGUAACUUUGAGACCCAGGACCUCAACCUGUUCCUGGACCACGUCUACAGUGGCCACCCGGACUUCAGAGCUGACCCCAGCUUCCAGUGCGUGGACUGUGGGGUGUCAGCAGCCAAGUUCGAGGGCCUGGCCCUGCACAACGCCCGGGUCCAUCUCAGCACGGUGAGCACCACCCUGCAGCUGAGGAAGAGGGACAUGAGGUUAGUGGUGGAGCAGAGUCUGGUCACAGGGACAGAGACAGCGAGGGACACAGAGAUCUCCAUCACCAAGACCCCCAUCAUGAGGAUGCUGAAGGGCAAGUCCGAGUCCAAGAGGAUUGUGGUGUCCCAUUCCUCCCAUGAUGAACCCUCCUCAGACCCCCCACCCCUCUUCAUCUCUACCUCCAAAGAUACAGAGAGAAAAGAGACCCCCACAGUGACGGUUACCCACGUCCCUACCAUAAUGCACAAUGGGACAGCCACCAAGGUCACCCUGCCCUCAGCGAUCCAGAUAGUGAACGGCUCGGGUGCUCUGCCCAUGCUCAAGACCGCCAUCACACAGGUUGUGUCAGUGAUCCAGAACAGGAACUUUCACCAUCAGACAGCUCCCAUCACCGUCUCCUCAGCUCUCUCCUCCACCACCUCCUACUCCACCUCCUCAAAGAACAUGCCCAAGGUGAUGAUCCCUCUGAGCAGUAUCCCAACCUACAGCGCCUCCAUGGACUCGUCCUCCUUCCUCAAGACGUCCUUCAGUAAGUUCCCCUACCCCACCAAGGCAGAGCUCUGCUACCUCACCGUGGUCACCAAGUUCCCAGAGGAGCAGAUCAAAAUCUGGUUCACCGCCCAGAGACUCAAGCAGGGCAUCAGCUGGUCUCCAGAAGAGAUUGAGGAGGCCAGGAGGAAGAUGUUCAACACCAUCAUACAGACUGCGCCACCUAGCACCCAGCACCAUACACUACACCGAGGCCAGACCCAGGCCCAGCAUACCAUCACAGUCCUACCUGCCUCUCUGGGGUCUACAGGGAUCCCUCACAUCCUCCAGGGCUCUCUGGUGGGCCAGGGAGGGGUGAUCGUCACCCAGCCCAUGAUGGCCAAUGGCAUCCAGGUCAGCAAUGCCCCCAUGGCUCUGGCGGUCACACCCAAGCAUCAGGCUGCGGCCCGGCCUAUGGUGCAGGCCAGGCCUGCGGCCGCCCUGGUGGCAGAUAAGGGGAUCAGCAUGGUGGGGACGGUGGGGAGCAGUAGUAGUGGAAGCAACAUCAGUAGUAGUAAUGGUGGAGAGAGUACUAGUAGUAUCAGCAGUGGUAGUAGUAGUUUCAGUAGUCAUGCUAGUGUUAUUAACUUUAGCCUUGGCAACAACCAAGGGAACAGCAUUCAUAGCAAUAUCAAUGGCAAAGCCAUCAACACCAAUGGCAAAGCCAUCAAUGGCAAUGGAAAAAUAUAUAAUGCUAUUGCUAAUCUCAAUGGGAAAAGCAACAGCAAUGCUAUCAGCAUGGUUAAAAGCAUCAACACUGACAGUAGGCGCAAUGACGGCAGCAAAAGCCACAGCAGUACUAUUGCUAAAAUUAUCAGUGAGAGUAGCGUCAUCUCUGAUAUCAAAAGCACCAUUGACAACAAACCCAACAGCAGCAAUGAUACUAACAGCAGCAGCAGCUUGAGCAACAAGAAAACAAUCACCACCCCGACCUGUGGUCCCACAGCUACUCCUCCCCCUACAGCCUCCACAAACACCACCAGUAACCCCACCACAACCAAAACAGAGGCGGCUUCUUCCCCCUCCACCAAACAUUCUUCCUCGUCUUCCCCGGCGCCGAGCGGGAGCACGGACGCCAGCGGAACCCCAAUCUCCCGAACGCUCCCCAACACCUUCCUGGACCCUAGCUUCUACAAGAGCAAGAAGUCUGUGGAGCAAUUGUGUGCGCUCAAAGAGAGCUUCACUAACAACCAGUUCCCCAACCAGGAGGAGGUGGACCGCCUCAUCUCCAUCACCGGCCUGACCGUGCGCGAGGUCCGCAAGUGGUUCAGUGACCGCCGCUACCACUUCCGCAACCUCAAGGGGGGGCGUUCAAGUACGGGCGGUCAGGGUGGUGCUAGCACUCCAACCACACCCGGGUUGGCUAGUGCAACCACCCGAUCUGGGACCCCCAGUGGUACCCCCAUGGACCUGUCGGACACUGCCACUCCCAAUGAACCCCCCCAAAAAAAACAGCAGGGGUCGGCAGCCCUCAGUGCCCCUCCCUCACAGAUGCCCACCUCCCCUACCACCCUGUCCAGACGGCCCCCCAGACCCCCCUCCCCAGACUUCACAGCCAUCCGCUACAAAGAGAGGGACCCUCAGCAGGUGAGGGCGCUGGAGGCCAGCUUCAGCCAGGACCCUGACCCCUCCGGAGAGGAGGUGGACCGCCUCCGGUCUGAAACCAAGAUGACCCGCAGAGAGAUCCACGGCUGGUUUGCUGAACGCAGGAAGAGAGUCGCUGCUGAGAAGAAGAAAGAGGAGUUAGAGAGGGAGGAAGAGGAGGAGAUGGAUGCAGGGGGACGGGAGGUGGGAGGGAAGAGUAAGGAUGAUGCCGGGGUGAAGAAAGAGGAGGAUGCGGAGGAGAGGCAGAAGGAGGAUGGUUCAGGCUCAGAGCUGAAGGUGAACCCCAUUAAGAUCAACCUGAAGAUGCUCAAAGUGACUGAGUCCAAUGGCAAACUGGAGACUGAGGGAGGCCAGGCAAACAGCCCUACGAUGCCUACCCUAUUUCCCCCAGCCCCAACCCUCACCCCUGCACCAUCCACAAUUCCAUCUCUGACCCCAAAGCCAUCCCCAUCACCCAAACCCUCCCCUAUCCGGGGCAAGAAGACAUUAGAGCAGCUCCACCUCCUGAAGCAGGUGUUUGCCCGGACCCAGUGGCCCAGUGCGGUACAGUAUGACGAGCUGAUCUCUUCCACGGGGCUUCCCAGGCCUGAGGUGGUGCGCUGGUUCGGUGACUGUCGCUACGUGCAGAAGAACAGCCAGCUAAAGUGGCUAGAGGCCUACCAGACCAUGGUCCUGGAGGAGGACUUCCAGAGGGGAGACACUCAGAUGCUGAAGGCCCAUCUGGAGGCCCAUGGAAGUCUGGAGGAGGAACAGGUGUUGGAGCUGGCCCAGGCUAGUGGGCUGACAGAAGAGCUGGUAAGACGCUGGUUCUCUACCCAGGCUCCUCUACUGCUGCAGGGGAAGGAUAGGGGGGUUGCAGAGGAGGUGGAAGCAGGGGAGACACCCGGGGUGGGGGGAGUAACAGUAACAGCCAGCCCAGCACCCACGGCACCCAUGGAGGGAGGAGCGGCAGAGCCGGUCCAAGGAGAGGGGGAGGUGAAAGAGGAGAAGAUGGAACAGUCGGUGUGUGGAGGAACGAAAGAGGGGGAUGAGGAGAGGAGUGCGGAAAACAAGGCUGUGAAUCCUGGAAAAGGAACAGACUGAGGAUCUUUGUCUGAGCAGGGAAAAGAGGAGUGAGG